AUGGAUGUUUAUGGUACUCAACCUACCUCUAGUGACGAUACAGAAUCGACUAAGCAGGUGCUAAUAUUGGAAUUCACUGAUGUGCGAUCUAUAUACUCGCGUAAUGCGAUUAAACAGGACGUCCAACUUAGCAGAGCACCGACACUUUCUCGCAGUGAUACACUCAAAUUAAUUGAACGUCGGAAUGACAGAUUCAAGGUUGCUGUCAAUGAACUUCUCCAAGCUACCAAAGAAACUGGUGACGAUCCUGUACAACUUGUUAUAUCGGCCGCGCACCAUCAUUUACCCUCUAAACCAUUACUUAAUCCUUCAGUAAAAAAUUCCCUAGCACAGCAGAGCCUCCCAACCCAGCGGCCAUCUAUUGAGCAGGUGCUGGAGGAGUUCAGGUACCAGGACUGGUACAAAGAUCAGUCAAUUUUCCACAAGACUAUCCCAGCUCGGCAGGCUUUAUACUCUGAUUGGGAUUUGGUCAUACCUGAGCCAAUCAGACGUGGUUUAAGGAGCACUCUGUAUGUCGAGUCACUUUUUGCACAUCAAGCGCAAGCUAUUCAGAGUUUAAACGAAGGGAAUAAUGUCAUAGUUUCUACAUCUACUGCAUCUGGUAAAUCUCUUAUCUAUACUCUACCUUUUCUUAUGUCGUUUUAUCAAGAUAGGGAGUCCACCGCGUUUUUCAUUUUUCCUACAAAAGCGCUUGCUCAGGACCAGAACACUAAGCUUAAAGAUCUUUUGAGGAGUAUAGAGGGGAUGGAAAAUGUUAUUGUCGACACGUUUGAUGGUGACACGCCAACUGAUAGACGAGACGAUCUGCGUGAUAAUGCCAGUUUGCUGUUUACGAAUUUUGACACACUACAUCAUACAAUCUUACCAAAAGAAGACAAAUGGCGACGCUACCUUGCAAAUCUCCGAUUUGUAGUCGUCGAUGAGCUACACUACUAUAGCGGAGUCCAGGGUACACAUGUUGCGUUUGUGAUGCGACGCCUGCGAAGACUCUGCGCUGCACUUGGCAAUGUCAAUAUCAAGUUUAUAUCUACAUCUGCAACUAUUGGAAACCCAGUAAGACAUUUCCAAACGCUAUUUGGUGUCGAGAAAGUCACACUUGUCGAUGUAGACGGUGCACCUAGCGGCCAGAAGGAGUUCCUAAUAUGGAAACCUGCCCUGAUCGACGAGCUCAUGCCAAAUGGACCACGAAACAAUCCAAUGCACGAAGUAUCCCAACUAAUGCGUUACUUGAUUAGUCGGGGUGUGCGUACAAUUGCGUUUUGUAAGCAUAGGAAGAGCUGCGAAAUGCUUAUGAAACACAUACGUCAUGAAUUGAUCGCCGAAGGACGAAUGGACUUAGUUAGUAGAAUCGUCAGUUAUAGAGGCGGAUACAAUCAGGAUGAGCGUCGUCGGAUUGAAAAAGAUCUCUUUUCUGGGUAUCUUCUAGGCGCUGUAGCUACCAAUGCUCUUGAAUUGGGGAUUGAUGUUGGCGCCCUCGAUGCCGUUCUCUGUCUUGGGUUUCCAUAUUCCCUGUCCUCGUUAAGGCAGCAGAUGGGAAGAGCUGGUAGAGCAAGACGUGACUCGCUUGCUAUACUAAUAGCGGAAUCCCUUCCACUGGAUAAUUACUACAGUAAUUACCCAGAGGAGAUUUUUACAAGGCCACCUACAGAUCUUCAAGUAGAUAUUGAUAAUGAUGCCAUUUUUGAGCCACAUCUACAGUGCGCUUCUGAUGAGCUGCCUGUAUCUCUCGUUGGUGACAGGGUAUAUUUCGGCAAAGAUCAACUUGAGAGGGUUGCAGCAAGGUCGCUUGAUAGAGAUGACCAAGGUUGGUAUCACUGUGAUCCUCGAUUACGCCCUUAUCCAAGCCGUUUUAUUAAACUGCGUGGUAAUGAAGAAAGUAUAUAUAAGGUUUACAACGUGUACAAGAAUUCUGAAUCCCUUAUUGAGCAAGUGGAGGAGUCUAGAGCUGUUUUCGAGCUUUACGAGGGCGGUAUAUUCUUUAAUGCCGGGCUGUCUUACCAGAUAUACGAGGUGUCGCAUGACACUAAAAUAUGCAGAGCCAACCAAGUUAACGUCAACUUUAACACAAAACCAAGAGAUUACACUGACGUUGAUCCUAUUGAGACUUGCAGAAUGCGCGCUAUCAAAGGGUCGACGAUGCGAGCGUUUUAUGGUAGAAUUAAGGUAUCUACCUAUGUGUUUGGGUAUCUAAAACUUCGGGACUUCAAAGUUUUGGACAUUGUCGAUCUAGACACACCACCCUAUGUACGCUUGACGAAUGGCUUUUGGCUCGACGUCCCAGCGAAUGCUAUGCAUAUUAUGAACAUAAAGUCCAUAAAUCCCGCCGAGGCUAUACAAGCUGCUCAACACGCUCUCAUGAGCCUUACACCGCUCUACACAAUGUCAGCUGAAGGUGAUAUUCAGACUGACGAGAAAAAAUCAGUGAAGGAGUAUCAACAGAAGGAAAGCAAGAGAAAGAGACCUGGAAGAUUAAUCCUGUAUGAUGCUGUCGGAAAGGCUUCGGGUAUAUCUCAGAAAGCAUUUGAGAGAAUAUCCGAACUCUUAUAUCAUACUUUGGACAACAUACUGAAAUGCGAAUGUAGUAACGGAUGUCUCAGUUGUGUUCAAGGUGAGGUGAAAGAUGGACAAGCCUCUACAUCCAAACUUGGGGCUAUAGUGGUUCUCUCUUCCCUAAUCGGCAAGCAAUUAUCGAUGGAUGACAUUCCAGAUCAGGUAUGUUUUACAAGUUUGUAG